AUGGUAUUGCUUCCCUCACUUUUUAAGAAGGCCUUGGCUGUGGAGUUAUUUAUUGGAAAACACCAACUUAACGUGCAAACGAAUGCUGCAAAGCGAUUCCACAAAUUCCGUAAUGAAUCUCACUUUUCAAUAGACGCUAAGCGGAUUUAUGAGAAGACCACAUACUACUCUCAUGCCUCAUCAGUAGAAUCCACCGCCGCACCAGUACGUAUUAACUUAACAUCCAGCUGUGUAGUCACCUAUGCUAUCCCGACUUCAAGUGCAAUCCAACCCAAAUUAGAGCUCCAGCCGUUUUCCCUUGUUUCGUCUUCAGCGGAGGCAAAAGGUCCAAUUGAGUGGCCUGCUGUGGCUCCCAGUCCUUACCUGAAGCCACCGAAAGCUCAUGCACUGCUUAGAACGCAAAGCACUGGCAACGGCGGUAAAUUGUCUACAGUGAGUGAAUGUUCUACGAGCACUGCUCCAUCUGCACGCAACCGAUAUACUUCCGUCAGUGUUUCUGCGAAUUCCCAUCUGCCGGAUACUGAGCCCUCAAAAUUGUCCACUUCCGAUAUUUUGUCUAGCAGUUGCGAUUCUCCUCAUAAAUGGCACGUAUCUUAUUUGGGUAUGUGGCCGGCUCAUCAGGUCCCAAUACAACAAGCGUUGGAACUGGCUCAUACCUCAAUGGAAGAACACGUUUUCAGAUUAAUCGAGCGAUCUGAGCUAGACUGUCACAAGAACCUACUAUGGUAUCGGUUGUUUGACAUACAUCACUAUCUAAAUGAGUAUCCUUCACAAUAUUACGCUCCUCAACCGGCAAUGAUAAUAACUCCGACCCCCAUCAAAGUUUCACCACCCACUCUAAUCGCGCCUCUGAGCCAAUCGAGCGAAACGCCCCGUAGCCAAAUGACUAACGCAGAGAUUGAGGAGUUGGCACAAUCAGCUCCAUUCGAGAUGGACAUUUUCUUGCUGGACAAACGACUAGAGGAAACGAUUCGAGCGGGUGCGCAAUACUUGGGUCAAGUCGGGUGGUUGAUUAAUCGAAAUUUCUUCACGAAACAUUCAACGGAUGCGGUAACUUCACAAAACAACGUCACUGUCAGUAACCAAAAGCCAUUGGCGUUUGUUUGGCUGCUUCAGGAUAAUGAUCCGAACACACCCGAGGCAGUCACACCUGAAGGCCCGUGGAUAAAGCACCACAUGGCCUUACUGUGUCCUGAGUUUACCGAUGGUUUUAUUCUGCUCUCUUGGGCUGAAAAAAGGCCGGACACCGAUCAAACAUCCAGUCGUUUUCAACACAACGACACUUCUAACUAUAAGGCAAGUGUUCAUGUAUAUUUUACCAGGAUGGCGCGUUGUACUCGCUCAACACAAACGGUCCUUCACAUUCUCGGAUUUUUCCUGUAG